ACCUGCACCAGGGUCUUCUUAGCUCCGUCACAGUGUGGGGCACUGCUGGGAAAACCAGACCCCUUCAUCUCAGUAUCUGUCUGCCACUGCAACAGAUCUAAUAGGUGUGUGAAAUCUGGCUGUUUGUGGGCAGACAGGUGAAGGAUGCCUCUGGCUGUGUCGGGCUGUAUCAGCGCCAUGGAGAGGCCACAGAAAAUUGGGGAUAUUUUCCCAUAAAAGUCUUUUCAAAUAUGUAAGUUUUAUAAUCUUUUCAUUUCAUCAUUUACCGCACAGCGGGAGAGAGAUGAUCUCUGUGCAUAAACGCGCCAAUUUCCAGCCAUGCUGGGAAGGGGGUGUGUGGAGAUGCAGGCAGGAGGACGGGGGAAGCAGGCUCAUUUGUCACAAGCCUGGAGCAUAAAAUCACAGGCACCGGCUUUAAUUUGCACGUUGGCACGAGUAGGGCGGCAGCAAAUGGGGUUAUCGCUGUCACUGCCAUCAGAAGUGAUCCAUGGUGUUGCACAGGGCUGGGAUGGCACAGAUUGCUGUCAUGUUGGGAGAGGGCUCAGCUGUGUGUCAGGGCUUUGGUUCGCCCCUCGUCCCACAAAGGUUUCUCAGGAGCAGUCAGGGCAUCCCUGGGGAACAGCAUCCCAAACUGCACAGGGCACAGCAGCGUGGUUUGUCCUUCAGCACACAGCUCCUGAGUGCCCCGUCCGUUCAAAUAGGCAUGAGUCACAACAAUAUUUUGUACCUGUGUUCUUCAAGGGAACAUUAAAAGCCACUGAAAUAUUAUUUAUUAUCUGCAUCCAGAGGCUGGCUGUGCAUAAAGCAUCGCUCUGCAGGAUGACUGACAUGCUGCUCUGCCGCUGCCUUUGCUCACUGCGGCACCUCGGGGCCUUCUUGCUGCUCCUGCUGGAGCCAGGAGCAGAGGCACCUCAUUAUGGACAUUGCUGCUUACGUGUGAUGCUCGUUGUCAUUUGCGCUCAGUGCCCGGCCAAGACUGGGCCCACAGUGCCCUCUUUGGUUUUAGGAGCACAAGAAUUGCUUUUGCCUUCUGUCCUGAUUUGCACGAGGGAUGUAACAUAAGUGACCGACUUCAGCCCUGCACAACAGCAUGGAGAUGGUCCUGAGCGCCCCAAACAGCCUCUGCUUAACUGACCCCUGGUUCUGGUGCUGCUAAAAGCGAGCUCCCCGUGGCAGGGUUUGGCUUGUUUGCCAAAGUCGGGAACUCUGUGAGUUUAAUCUCUUGGAGGAGGUGUAGGAGGUGCGUGUUUGUCUGUUCCUGCUUUGCUCUGGCUGCUUUCUGCAGAACUGCUUUGGUCCAAGGUCACAAUAACACGAGUUCUCACCAGAAGCAGAGGCUCUGUAGCCACGGGGAAGUGCGCUGGGCUGCUGAGAGCAGCCUACGUUAUUCACUUCAGGUAGUUUGUUUUAAUACAUUCCUGUAUGUUUGUCAUGGUUUGCAAUUUGCCCAACAUCCCAUAGCGAUCCGGGAGCCGUUUUCAUCUCCUUGCGCUUGGAGGGCAGUUUCUUACAGCCCCUCCAGCCCAUGGCUGCUCCUGGAGUACUCCUGAGGAGUUCCUGCUCUUUCCACCAUAGGGAUGGUCACCCACGGACUGUCGUGCUGCUGCUUCCCUUUGAUUUAAUAGCCUCACUCCUGAACAGGAGGCUCUUUCGUUUUUGUUCAGCAGUUGCCCACAGCAUCAAUAAUUGCUCAAGACACUUGUACAGCUAAUAGAAAGAUCCUGUCAACAAGGGGAGCUCAUUGUAAUACUGCUGUUUUAAAGGGCUUGCGGAAGCAACAAAGCCAUCCAGGUAGCAAAUGUGGUUUCUCCUACAGAAACAGAUCCAGGGACAAGAGACAUGAGUGAGCUUAAUUCCCUCCCAAAUGGAUGCUCUAUUUCACACCCCAGCAAAGCUUCUGAUUUAUUGAUUUCUUAAUGUUGUGAUACUUUUGUUGCUAAAAAUGACACGGGAAGGCACAACUAAGCCCCAAUGUGAGGGCUGCUGAGGCAAACACAGCGACAGCCCGUGCAUCAGACCUCACACACAGCACGGCCAUAAGAGCUUUUGAAUUCCCACUCUGUGGAGAACGACAGAAUUUCUGCAAUCUCUCAAGAAGAAAACCGAGCCACACCGUGAGCAUAUUUAAACAGGCAGUCUGUGUCCUGAGGUUAUCUUGAAAACCAAAGCAACCGAGCAGGAAGGAAGUGGGCAGCAAAAAAGCACCGAUCUUACAGCUGGUGAAUGGAGCAGGGCUGUGCGACUGGGCGGAUUUACAGAGGGGAAAUGUUGGUGGCUCCUGUAAAUGGAGAUAUAGUAAAACUGUGCUGGAAGUUCAACUCUGGGGCCUGGGAUGGAGGCUGGGUGUGAGCAUGUGGAUGGCCAAAGCAAACUGGUGUCGGUGGUCGUGCUGCAGAAAGUGAGCUCUGGAGUCCAUCCUGGAGGAGACUCCGUCCUGGUCAAAGGUACAAUAAAUGGAAGGAGGGAGAGAUUUGUUUUGAUGUAUAACGGUCUGUUCAGUUAGCUACCAGACGUGGUCUGUUUAAUGACUGAAACCAAAAGAGUAGGAGCUCAUCUCGCUGAGACCAGCGGCGAAUACAGAUGAACACCACUGCACUCGCAAUGCACCAUUGACUUUCCUUACGUACUGCCAGCAAACGUGCAGUUUGGGUCCGAUGAGACGGACAGACUCGUUAAGCAGUAACAGGACCUCUGAAAUCACCCCAUAGGACAGCCUUGCUGCGUAUCCUCACUUUGCUGAAGAGCAAUUUAUUCUUCUUUUAAAAUAAUUCAUCGCUCUCUUGCUCAUCUUGGUCCCAGUCCAGCUGGAGGGUGGGGAGCACUUGAGACUUCUCUGUGCAAUCUGCCGCAGUGAUGUCAGCGGCCAAGCACCAAUUCCUCAGGAGGUUUGGAGCUGUUCAUGAGACGUCCCAACAGCUGUGUGUGGAGAUGAUCCAAGGAGGGCCACCAUGGCAGAACUGCGGUCUUGGCUCCCGGGGUGGAGGCUCCUGGGGGGUUGGGUCCCCAUGGGCAGGGGGCAGCAGCUGGUCCCUACCAUCUCCUGGUGCGUGGGGCAGAAGGGAGGAGCAGCACAGGGAGGAGACGAGCUCCUGCUCCCAUGGUGCAUCCCCAGCAGAUGUUUCCCAAGGAGCACCUUCCAGCUGGCUCUGCUCCCCGCUGGCUGCUCCCCACUCCACUGAUUCUCGUGCAAAUCCGUCCAGGAAAGCAUGGACGUUCUGUGUCCUGUGCCCAGAAAUCCCUGGAUUUGAAAAGUCUUGGCCUGGAUUUUCCUUCAUACAGAGAUUUCAGGGACAAGGCAACCUCAUGCCUUGAUUUAUUGCCCUGUGCAGAGCAGGGAGAGCUCUCCCCUGGUUACGUGUGGAUGGCGGCCAGGCACACGGGGAGGGGACUCCUCCUGGGUUCCCAAAUGCUGGAAGAACUGCAGCUGGCAACGUUUCAUUUAACUCUGCGCUGGAUCAGGGGUUGGGUUUGAUGCAGCCUCACCUACGGGGCAGCUCAGGGCUGCCUGGUGCAGGGACAAGCUGAUGUCCCACUGGCUGCACCGACCACACACCGGCUCUGGCUGCGCAGGAGCAGGGCUCCCUUCACAGAUGAUGUUACCCAACAGCUUGCAUGGUUUGGAGUUGUUUCUGUAGCAAGAGAAAAGAACACUGAUUCGGCCAUUUGCCUGGCAUCCCACCGCAGCUCCAUGGGCUGUUGUAUUUUCCUCUUUUCCUUUCCAAAUAACCAACUGACAGCGAGGAUGUUUCGCCGUGACAGGCAGCGCUACGCAAAACUAUUUGAUUAAAAAAAAAUCCUCUAUUUCUAUUCCCAUUGAAACUCCUUUUUUGACGUCCCGUGGAGUUUUAAUUACACAAAAUGUUUCAUCAUUCCUUGCCUUUGCAUGGAAAUUUUUGGGACGUGAUGAAAAACCUCUGGUGAUUGAAAACGGUCCAAAAAGCCCGGUGUCUUAAAGCUUUGCAAAGGGAAACACACUUUCAUAUUGAAAAUACAGAAGUAGCUGCAUUUUUUUUCUUAAUGUUCUGUCAGUUUUUCGUUCUCUGGAAAGAAACACAAACCAGCUCUGGUAAACACUGCUCCCCUCUUCUGCCUGCCUUGUAUGGAUGGGAAUCGAUUCUUUGAUCUUCAGUUCAAAGAAGCUGAAAACACGGUUUGUUUGGUCCGCAGAGGAUUUAUAUCUUCUUCUGCAGCAUCCCUUGAUUACCUCUGGGUUUCUGGGAUGGUGCUCAGGAUGUGUCCAGCCAAAGGGAUGCCAAUACCGUGUAUAGCAUUGCAUCUGGGGGAUGCUGGCUUCCAAGCCCUGAUGGUCUGGUCUCAUGAACGUGCAAGAGAGUGGCAACACAGCCCUGAGAGUGGGUGGUCUGGUUUGCAGCCAGGCUGGUUCCCGGGGAUCAGAGCUGCUCUCCUCCAUACUCCUUAGCAACCUGGAUGUCCCACGUCUGAUGUCACCACGUGAUGCAAUUUGUCUGCUGCAGACCUGGCCAAGCAGCCCGCUGUCUGCAGAUGGAGGCUGUGGCCUUUUGCAGUGUCGCUGUUGUUAACCUGAGUGAGCUCUUAAAGUGAAGGGAGGGAGAGGGCAUGGGCAGCAGCUGCAUUAACUUCCACCCUGGAUGCUGUGCACAGCCAAUUAAAGAGCUGUUUGGAUGCAACCAGCUCCUCCAGCAUGAGCUAAUGAAACUCUUCCUGUGGUUCAAAGGUGACGGUGACCGGAAUGCUGGUUCUAAUCCAAACGGCAGUUUUUCUCCUAAUGAAUUAAUCAGCUGAUUACGUGCAUACAAUAGCUCAUUAGAGAGGUACAUGUCAACCUUUGGAAGAAAAUUAUUGGCUUUGCGUGGCCUGGAGGCUGUUGCAUCACAGGAGCACGCUCCUUGGAGUAUCACAGCACCAUAUGCGGUGCUCUAAUUAAUGGGCUGUUCCUUCAGUUGUUGAUCGCAUGAAAAUUACUGUAAAAUUUGAAUACUGUAAACCACUGAAAACUCAGAAGGAAAACCAAAGCGGACCAAAGUCACUUGCCUUUAACCUAGCUUUCCGUGGUGGAGAUUUUGUUGUUGUUGUUGUUUUAAAUGCUUCCAGCCUAUUUAACGGUAGGAACAGAGAUAAAGCAAAAUGUAAUUUGGAAAUUAGUUCCGGAUGUUUGAGUUGUAGCUUUAUUUUGGUGAUCUGGGCCAUUAACUUUGGUUUGGCUCUUCAUCCCCUGCGCAAUGUGACGCUGGCAGCAUCCCAUGGGCAGCAUUGCUGUAUCUCACUCUUCCAAGGCCCUGAUUCAUUUUUGGCUGGGCUUUAGAAGCGUAACACAAGAGCUGAAGUGUGGAACUGGCUUGGGCAGAGUUUUUUUCUUUGUCCUGAUUUUGCUGUUUAUCCUGUUUGUGCUCUCCUCAUUAUCCUGAACUCUUUUGUCUUCUUGUCAACAUCAACCUAUGACCCUUAAGAAGAACUCUUCUAGAAGAAAAUUUGCUGAUUGUGUCUUUUUCCUUUUUUUUGCCUGUGGCAGUUGAGUGAGCCCAUCAGCUUAUAUAAUAUUAAUAUUUGUAAAAGCGAACUUACUGAGCUCAUAAAUCUUCCAUAAAAGAGGGACAAAAUCUACAUCUAUUUCAAAAUGAAGCAGGUAAGUAGGUUCUAGGACAAAGGGGUACUGAUAAAAAGGAAAUGGAGGUACGAAAGAAAUGAAAUUGCCAUUUUAAUCUGAAAAUUGGCUCUGUAUAAGUGAUACUGAGACUUCAUUGCUGCCAGAGCCAGCAUUUUUCUACAGCCCUGGAGAGCCCUUAUCCCUGGAUGCUUCCACAGCAGCCUCACUGCCUGGCAUUCAGUUCAAAGUGCCUGAGCAGCAAAGAAGUCCAUAAUUGCACCAGGUCUUGUCUGCAGAGCAUAAGAAGACUUCAGGAGUGUUUUUCCCAAAUCUGUGCUUUCUGAAAAAAUGUAUAUAUAUAUUUAAAAAUUCCAUAGUUUCAGCUUCUGCUAACCGUGGGGCAUGAAGGCAUGCCCCACUUUAGGCAUGAAGCAUGCUUUUUCCUAUUAUGCCACAGCAACGUGGAGGACCCAGAUGAGAAAAAAGUGGUUCUGCUUACAUUUAGCCAAGGACACAAGGAAACAGACAUGCUGUUGCAUCACCAUUGAGGCAGCUUUUCAAAGGAGCAGUGUCACUUUGCUGCAGGUAGGACACUCACCCAGGGCACCACCUGCCCCAUAAGGUACACAUCCCCAUCUGGGAUGAUACCAUGGCUGUGUCUGCUGCUUGCUUGAUCCCACCUUGCUUUGGAGCUGGAGUUAUCCCCCCAGUCUGAACCUUCUGGAGAAGCAUUUUUUUCCCUCUUGAAAACACAGAGUUGCUGAAGCUGUCUCUCAUGGAAUUAGGUCAAUUCGUUCAACUCAGCACAUUUUUAAGGAGAAGUUUUUAUCGUGUCAACUCAGGCAAGGAAUAUGUUUAAAGAAUUUUAGCAUUCUGCUCAAAUCACUGCUUCAUUAAACAUUUUAAGGUAAUGAGAGUUGGAAAAAAAGAUCUUUUUUAAUGUUAAAAAAAAAAAAAAAGGCCGAAGUAAGUAGUGAAUAUGUUGAAGUUAUCUCAGUGGAAGAUGUUUUCAUAUUUUCCAUUUAUGAAAGUUCAUGAGUUUAGCUAAUGUCCUCACUAAGGAUGCAGAAAGAUGUGAGAAGCUUUCACAGGGCACACAUAAUUAGCUGGACAGUCCCUGCUGGUCUUUCUCAUCUCCAAGUCCAACUGCUUUUUCCCUAAAGAAAUGUUCUGCCCGAGCAAACAUGGGAUGCUGAGGUUCAACGCUAUGUGUGCCCUGCCAGGAGGUGCCAAAGCAGGGCUGGGUGCUCUGUUGCAUUUGGGAUGGCUCUUGUAGGCAAAGUUGAGACGAGAGUCUCCAAUUUUAGUGACAAGCAGAUACAGACUCCUGGCACUGAUCUAACUACCAUAAAUUUGUGGUGUAUUGACUGUGGCGGAAGCCAAGAUCAAUAUCAGUCUUCAAGAGGUUCAAUGGAUCAAUGUUUCUUUGAUAUAGAUAAAGAAAAUAGAGGGCAGGCAUUUAUGGCGUUCUUGGCAUAUUGUGUUAUUCUGUGCCCAUCCCUCUGCCGAGGUGGAGAUACCAACGAGUAGGAAGGCAAGGAAGGAUUUAGGAGGAUAAUUGACCAGACGUUUAAAAAGCAGUUGUAGGAAGGAGAUUUAUGGCAUUAUUUUCAUCAGUUCUAGGCUGAAAAGAGGAAGAGAAAGUUCCUCAUAAAAGCGUGCUGUCUCUUGAAAGACGAAUUCCUAUUGAAUAGUGGCAUUUUAACGAGGCACUUGUGGCAGUGUGAUGGUGAGAGGCAGUGAAUGGCUGAAUGUGUGGGCAUUGCAUGGGCUUCAGCGCUCUUUGCUUCACCCACACCCACUGGGUUGUGGGGGUGCUACUGUUGUUCAGGUUGUGAAUGACAGGCUCUGGGGACAUCCCUGUGGCUUCAGUAGGAAUCGGGCUCCAGCCUUGGGAUGGGGUAGAUGUUAAUUUUCUCCCAUGAGCAUUGGUUCACUUUGAUCUCCAUGAAUCUCAGUUUCCAAUCGGCUGUCUCCAAUUUGAGGGCUGUCCUCACUUUUAGGGCUUUGUGGUUAAGCUUGUUUCCAACCAAAAUCCUGCUAAAGUUCAAGGGGAAGCUCUUUAACCACAGCCCCUGAGCUGCCCUGAGGGAACUUCAGAGCAGGUGCUGGCUCAUGAGCAGUGGCGGCCCUGUCCUGCUCCCACAGGGAUGCUCUCAUCCCCUCUCCUUUCUCAUCCCAGCAGCAGGUUUCCCCUGAGCGCUGCCAGUGAAUAAAAGGCAAUAGGAUGACCCUGUGGGGCAGGGUCCUGCUGCUGCCACUAAUGGGGAUGCACUGCAGACAGAUGGGAAAAUGAGAUGUCAGCACCGGAAUGUAUGAAGGUCACCAGGUCUCACUGCUUAAGCAAUGUAUACAGACCCCUCGUGACACCUUCAUUUGUUAGCAGGAACCAUGCUGUUCAAUAGGGAAGCCGGCUGUAAACGUGUAAAUGGGAAUGGCAUUUCCAAGCAGAAUGGGCAGGACUCUCAACACUUCCCUCUCUACGUAUGUGUUUCAAUCCUUCCCCGUUCUCAUCCUCCUUCCUUUAUGUCACAGGACUGGCUGACGAAAUUUGGGUAUCUGCCUCCUCCGGAUCCCAUCACAGGACAGCUGCAGACGCAGGAGGAGCUGACCAAAGCCAUCACGGCCAUGCAGCGCUUUGGGGGGCUGGAGGCAACGGGGGUUCUCGACGAGGCCACGCUGGAGCUGAUGAAGACCCCUCGCUGCUCCCUGCCCGACAUGGCUGGCCCGGCAGCCAGGAGGAAGCGGCACACGCAGGCUGUGACCAAGUGGAACAAGAGGAACCUGUCCUGGAGAGUUCGCACCUUCCCCAAAGAGUCCCACCUGGGCCACGACACGGUUCGUGCCCUGAUGUAUUAUGCCUUGAAAGUCUGGAGCGACAUCACCCCGCUCAACUUCCACGAGGUGGCAGGCAACAACGCCGACAUCCAGAUUGACUUCUCCAAGGCCGAUCACAAUGACGGCUAUCCCUUCGACGGGCCUGGGGGCACAGUGGCACACGCUUUCUUCCCCGGAGACCAUCACACAGCAGGGGACACUCAUUUUGAUGAUGACGAAUACUGGACCUUUCGGUCAUCAGAUGCUCACGGGAUGGACCUAUUUGCUGUUGCUGUCCAUGAGUUUGGCCAUGCCAUUGGCUUGACCCACAUCUCAGCCAUAGAGUCUAUCAUGAGGCCCUACUACCAAGGUCCAGUGGGGGACCCUCUGAAGUAUGACUUGCCCUACGAGGAUAAAGUCCGAAUCUGGCAGCUCUAUGGAGUCAGAGAAUCUGUGUCCCCCACAGCCAAGCCAGAAGGGAGCAAAACUGAGGACCAUCCUCUCCUUCCAGAGCUGCCCGAGAACCGCUCUACAGUCCCGCUGCGGCGGGAUGUGCCCAACAGAUGUAACACUCACUUUGAUGCGGUGGCCCAGAUCAGGGGAGAGGCUUUCUUCUUCAAAGGCAAGUACUUCUGGAGACUGACCCGCAAUAAGCACUUGGUCUCCCUCCAGCCGGCCCAGAUCCACCGGUUCUGGCGGGGCUUGCCCCUCAACCUGGACAGCGUGGACGCCGUCUAUGAGAGGACCAGCGACCACAAGAUUGUGUUCUUCAAAGGGGACAGGUACUGGGUGUUCAAGGACAACAACGUGGAGGAAGGAUACCCACGGCCCAUCUCGGACUUCGGGCUGCCACCGGGAGGGAUCGACGCUGCCUUCUCCUGGGCCCACAAUGACAAGACUUAUUUCUUUAAGGACAACCUCUGCUGGCGCUACGACGACCACGAGCGGAGGAUGGACUCCGGGUACCCCUCAGAGACCAUUCCGUGGAAGGGAAUACCGAGCCCUUUAGAUGAUGCUAUGAGGUGGUCAGACGGUGCAAGCUACUUCUUCAGGGGCAAGGAGUACUGGCGAGUGCUGGACAGUGAGCUGGAGGCCGAGCCUGGCUACCCCCAAUCCAUCGCCAGGGACUGGCUGGUGUGCAGCGACAUGCAGGCGGACGCCCCGGAGGCAGCGGGCAGCAGCAGGGUUGGAGCACGCUCCAAGCCCGGGCAGCACGACCAGAGCCGCUCAGAGAACAGCUACGAGGUCUGCUCCUGCACCUCCGCCUCCGAGCCGCUGCGGGCCUGUCCUGUGCUCAGACUGCCGGCCGGCCUCACGUUGCUCUGGGCUGCAGCACUGCUGUGUGUGGCCCUAUGACACCUCACCCCGCGGAGAGGACAGUGGUGCUCCAGGACAGCGGGUGGAUGCGAUCCCGUGCUGCUGAGCGUUGCAAGCAGAACAACAUUCCUAGGAACAUGCUGGUGAAGGUUUUGAAUUCUCCAUGAGAAGUGAACAGUGGCUGGUUUUAGUUUGGUUGGUUGGUUUUAUUUUUUUUUCUUUUUAAUUUUAGUUAAAGGUCUAAUAACAGAUUUUGAGUUCUGCACCUCCUUAUUCCCCCAUCCAGCUGAAGAGGAGAGCAGCCUAAUGUUGCAUUUAGAACUGUUCCAUAGAGAUGUGUAGCUUUGGAUGCGGAACACUGCAGAGGAGGGAGGGAAGCGCUGCUGUGGUCGAGUGGGGACAGUGGUGGCGGCAGGAUGGGCUGCGCUGCCACGACGUUCACAUCCCAUUGGAUGUACUGGGUAGAAAGAAUCUCUGACACCACGAAGAUUAACUGCAAGGUGAUUGUUUUAUUGUCCCAUCUGCCAUGGUAGCUGAUGUCUGGGUAACCUGUGUCCAUUCUACAGGCCAGAAACAGCCUUGCCUUUCAGAAGGCAAUGCAGCUUAUCUUUGUAUCCAAGUCUUUCGGGUUUAACAGUUUCUCUAAUAAACCUUGGCUGCCUACACACAGCUCCCAGUCCUCUGCUGGAUCAAGCCUGCCACCUUCAGUAAGGUGCUGGCUGCUCAGGCUUGGGCACAGCCUUACCAACAGGACACCAUGACGUCACCCAACAGCCUCAUCCCUGCACCGGAAUUCCUCUGCUCUCAGAGCUUCUGCCUCAUGCUGUUUUACGUUCUGGGAGGGAUUAAAAUGGAUGGAUUUGUGUUGCUGUCAUAGCUGGAUGCACCACAGAGGAUGGGCUGUGGGGAGGAGGAAUGCAUGCAGUCAGCCUUAAGCUCCUCCUGGCGCCUCAGCCACAGGUUUGGAGCAACAGAUGGGAGGUCAAGAGCUGCAUUAGGAUGGUCCUUGACUCGGUCUCACUCGUACAGUGAGGCACAGUGACUGCCCGGGGCGGCCCUCGCUGCACUGGUGCAUCCCUGCCUGCUCAGAUGGCAGCAUGCUCUCAGUGAUGCAGUUCUGGAUCAGGCUCUUUCGGAGGUCCCUUUGGACACAUCCGUCAGUGCAGAAGGAGCACACAGUUGCCUCCUGACUCUGGCUGCAGAUAAUAAAUAACGUUUCAGUGGCUUUUAAUGUUCCCCUCGAGAAGAUGAGUACGAAAUAUUGUUAUUGUGACUCAUGGCUGAAUGGACAGGGCACUGUGUGCUGAAGGAUGAGCUGUCCCAACAUGCCCAUGUGCUGCUCAAGCUGAGGGCAGGCAGGGAGGGACAGCUCUGCUCUAUGUCAAGUAAACAUCUUAUUGAAUGUAUCCUUGGAUUCAGAGUAUAAAGGUGUUGAAAUCCACCCCAAGUGGUGCACAGUCAACCUCAGAGCAUGUAACCAUGCUGGGUGACGUUCACACCAGGCCCACUUUUGUUCCCUGUUGGUCCCUGCAGACAUUGGACAUGUCCUGCUGGGCCUCCGCUGCAAACCGCUAUCUUGCAGCUCACUUGUGAUGCUGCUGGUACCCAACACAACGGGACAAAAGCCAACCGGGAUGCCCACGGUGUUGCCAUCCUGCUGUGUGAGCCCUGGAUGCGGAUGUGAGAUGAUCUCACUCCCUGGGAUGGAAAUGGCAGCCAGGGAGUCUCCCUGGGAGGUCAUUGGUUCAGCGUGGGGCCAGCGGGGUCGGUGCUGCCCGAGGGUCACAGCCGGAGGGCCGGGCAUUGGGAGCAGAUGUCCACAGCACAAAGACACCAUUGUACCAAGAGCCCUCAGCAGUGGGCGGGGAAGGAACCCAAGGUUUCGGCUGUGCUGGGGCUUCCCUCUGGUCCUGGUGGAGGGCAAGGAGGCGGAACGGCUCCUCCAGCUCCAGCGGGAUGCAGAGGUACACGCAGAGGCGGACUGGGUCAUCGUGCCACUGUGCUGGGCAGAGCCACCAUGACACAUCCCCUCGUGGGGACGCUGCGGGGGGGGCAAAGCCACGGUGGUUUUUAUCCAAACCCGAGGAGGGCGGCGGGGCUGAGCAGCAGGCAGAGGGGCUGCCCGGGCUCCGUCCGUGUGUCGGUACACGGGACGGCCCCGUGAGGCCGCCGGAGGGCAGCAGAGCCCCGGCACUGCCCGCCCCAACCGGCACAGCACGGGGCGGAGCGGGGGGGGGGGGGGGGAGAAAAAGACAGAGAAAAGAGAAAAAAUAGAAAAAAAAAAGAGAAAGGAAAGAGGAAAAAGUAAGGUGGGCAGAAGCGGUUUUCAAAGGCCAAAGCUAUAGCAACGUCUGGAUUAAAAAAUAAAACGAUAACAUUAAGGACAAUUAAUCUUGGACGUGCCAUGGUGAGCGACGUGACACGGCUUGAGAAACACAAUAAAGCUGUGAGGAGGCCUCCUCUGUCCUCUAAUUGAAAUCACACAUCAGCUGUGUGUGUAACAUGGGCUGCUGCCUCCCACAGCCCCGGGGAAGGGAGCACCCAGCCCUCAUCCCGGGAGGUGGGGUAAAAUGAGUCAUUCUGAUUGAUUGAGGGUGAAAGCUCCCCCCCCCCCCCCCCCAACCCCCACAGGUUUAAUCAGCAAUUGCAGAGCUGUGGGCAGGAGAGCAGGUGCUGGGGCUCAGCCCCAUAGGUUGGUAGGUGCUUCUAGCAUUUUCCUGCUUUGCUAUAGCUUUUAGAGAUGGUUUUUGCUUCUCAGGUGACUAUAUGGGAGAGGACAAAUCCUAGCCCUGCCUCCAGCCCCACCACCUUGCUUUUUCCAUCUCCUCUGCCAGGUGCACGUGAUGUGGGACCAGGCUGAACCCAGCAGCAAGCCUGGGGGAUGCCUUGUGCAAGGGGUUGUCCUGGCUCUCUGUGUUCAGCAGUUCCUGGUAAGCUCAGUGCUGUGGGUCACUUGCUUGCUUUUUACUGCCAUUUCUAGGUGGGGCAGUUGGCUGGCCCUCAUGGGCUGGUACAGGCCAGGGAGGAGUAUAGGACAGCCAAAAGCAGGGAGUACACAGCAGAGCAACAGGCUAUAAGAAUACAAUCUUGCGCUAAGAAUAGGAGAGGCUAUUAAAGCUGGAUGGUACGUGGGGGAUUUCUGUAGGCAUGUGCUGGGGCUGUUAGCUGGGAAGCAGUCGUCUGCAAUACAAGUUGGUAUGGCAAGGCCAGGGGCUACAAGGUUACUGCAGGAGCUGCCAGCACAGCUCCCCAUCCUCCACGCAAUGUUCUGGUCUUCAGUUGGAAAUAAAGUAAAACUCCUAAACCUCUGGUGAGAUUUAUUGUCCUGUCAGCAGUGAAAACCUCAACUCAGUGUUACGCUGCCAGCUCCAGUGGACUUGUCCCUCUGUGAUACAGGACGGAUGUGUGUUUGGUUUUCUGUUGUUGGUUUUUUUUAUUAAGACAGCUUUGAGCUUGGAUGAGCACCCCAAACAGUCAGAAAACAACCCUCAGACCAGGCAGUUGCUGGAGCAGCAAUCAGCCUGCUCUGAGCAGCUCUCAGUGCUUGGCACUGUGUCUGCAACAGUGCUGCUCUGUUGCAGUGGGGAUGGAACUUCCCAAGCGCUGCAAGGGGCUGCAGCAAGACUUAAGGGUUGUGCUGCUUGGUUUGUGGUGACUUCUCUUUGGGCUUCAUGUGAGAAAAUGUGCAUCCUGGGGAGAGGCCUUCCCACCCUGUAUCCGACAAGCCAACCCCAGCCCACAUGUGGUACAGCUGGAAAGCUUGGGGUCUCACUUGAGAUCAGUUACUCGAUAUGUUAAAAAGAGGUUUGGAGGUGGGAGCACAAGCUAUGACUGCAGAAGCCUGUUUGUAUGUUGAGAUUCAAAGGGUAGAAAUGCCUUAUUUAGCUCACCAGCUCAACUGUAAUGCAGGGAGAACCAAGCUGGAAAGGCCCUGGCAUGCUGUGCCUGCAGAACAGAAGAGGGAGCUUAUCUGGGGGCUGCUCAGUGAUGAUAUUCCCCUCUCCACUGGGCAGUUACAAAAAACUGAUGGCUUCUUUGAGACUGAGGCUGCUUUGGGCUGGGGAAUAGGAAACUGCGGUGUUGAGUGGUAUGUGGGCAUUGCUCUUUGCUAGUUGUGUGACUGUUUUGCACCCUGCAGCUCCUCUGUGCUGGGGUACUCACCCUCCUGCUCUGAGCUGCUGGGCUGUGUACUGCCCACGUUCACAUCUGUGCAUCAGUGGGGGCAGAGCUGUAGAAUGGGUUUGCUUGUUUGUGAAGCUACCAAGUAAUGGGCUAGCCGUGGCCCAGGAGGGCUUGUGAAGAACUGUGGAGGCUCCUUAAAAGCCUGCCGUCCAACAGAGCUCUGGGGAGAGAUUUCCACAGCAGCAGUGGAAGUCUUUGCCCCACUUACUUGCAUCACUGCGCUUCAACUUCUCUGAAAUGUUGUCAUUAUGCUCAACCCAAGCUUGUAACUGCUCUGUUUUUCUGAGCGCACAAAAGUAAAGAUGUUUUACAGCAAU